AUGUCAGCCCUGGUGCUCAAAAUGACCACAGCAGCCUCGUCUAUAUACCCCAAGAAGAAGCCCUACCACCAAAAGCUCUCCAAUUGGGUUUGGGUCUCCCCACAACGCCCUACCUCUUCCACCGCCACCACUCCAUCUCCCUCUUCCCCUCCAGCCCUAAAUACCCCCAUUCAGGCAUUUACGCAAACACAAAAUAAAUACGGGUGCAGGAUAACCCCCUGCGCACCCCUAGUGCACCCCAACCACCCUCACCCUCCUCACAUUCUUCUUCAAAACCUAGGGCCCAGAUUUCAUAAAUGCCUCUCCGUCUCCUCUCGCAGCAGCAGCAGCAGCUCUAGUGGGGGUUUCUCCGAGGACAAAGGAGAGCCUUCUGGGUCUGGGUCUGGCUCUGAGCCUGGCCCUGCCGCUGGUCUUAUGGCCGAUAUGGGUUCGGACAAUAAAGGCACUGAUUGGUACGAGAGCCAAUUGUACCAAAACCACGACGAAUUGUUAUCUCCUCUGAAACAGCGCCAACAACAACAACAACAACAGCAUUCUUCCUCCAAAUUGCUCACCUUGCCCACCAUUCUAACGCUCGGCCGCGUCGCCUCUGUGCCGAUUCUCAUUAGCACUUUCUACGUGGAUAGUCGGUGGGGAACAACUGCUACAACAAGUAUUUUCAUUGCUGCAGCAAUUACUGAUUGGCUUGAUGGGUACAUUGCUCGAAAGAUGAGGUUGGGAUCUGCUUUUGGUGCUUUUUUGGAUCCCGUAGCUGAUAAGCUCAUGGUUGCAGCCACACUGGUUUUGUUGUGUUCCAGGCCUUUGGAUGUUGCUAUGUUUGGGCAAGUUCCAUGGUUGCUGGUUGUUCCUUCAAUUGCCAUAAUCGGUAGAGAGAUAACCAUGUCUGCAGUUAGAGAAUGGGCUGCUUCUCAGAACAGUAAGCUUUUAGAGGCUGUUGCUGUAAAUAACUUGGGAAAGUGGAAAACAGCCACACAGAUGAUCGCGCUAACUGUCCUCUUGGCCACCCGAGACAGCAGUCUUGGAAGACCAGAGGUUCUAGUAGCUUCGGGUGUUGCUUUGCUUUAUAUUUCAGCAGGGCUUGCUGUAUGGUCUUUAGUUGUGUAUAUGAGCAAGAUAUGGAAAGUACUGCUGAAGUAG